UGAACAUCAGGAAUGGGACUGAGCACAAUCAGCACUUUAUUUCAUUGAUGUGGCUGGAAGCAAACAUGAAAAAUGGCUCUCUUGAGGAAAAUUAACCGGGCCCUCGUGGUGCUGCUGGUCCUGAUGGUGUGUUUGCUCCUGCACAGUUCUCUGCUCAGAGCAUCAACCAGACCCAAACCUGCAGAUCGCAGGAAGAGCCUCGGAAAAGUGGCAGAACCCCCAGCAGGUAAAGCGUCUGAGGUGGAUGAUGUUGUUCCUGUUAUCAUCUGUUCCUCGGAGGAGCGUAUGGGGGCCAGCAUGGCCACAAUCAACAGUGUCAAAAGUAACACAGAUGCCAGUGUGUUCUUUUAUAUUGUCACUCUUCGUGAUGCGGUGAAACUUACAAGGCAGUACAUAGAGAAGACUAAACUGAAAGGCAUCAAAUAUAAGAUAGUGGAGUUCAACCCCAUGGUGCUAAAAGGAAAAGUGAAGCCAGAUUCACCUCGCCCUGACUUGCUGCAUCCUCUUAACUUUGUUCGCUUUUACCUACCCCUGCUGGAAAUCAACCACAAGAGGGUGAUAUACUUAGAUGAUGAUGUCAUUGUGCAAGGUGACAUCAAGGAUCUGUUUAAUAUCAAACUGAAGUCUGGUCAUGCUGCCGCUUUCGCCACAGACUGUGACCUUCCCGCCACACAUGAGAUGGUCCGCAGCAUCAGCAUGCAGACAACCUACAUGGGCUUCCUGGACUAUAGGAAAAAGGAAGUGAAAGAUCUGGGCAUCCACCCCAGAGACUGCUCCUUCAACCCAGGAGUGUUUGUAGCCGAUAUCAAUGAAUGGAAGAAGCAGAAGAUCACUAAACAACUGGAGAAAUGGAUGGAGGAGAAUUUCAGACUGAACAUCUACAGCAGUGCCAUGGCGGGGGGCGUGGCCACUCCACCCAUGCUUAUAGUGUUUCAUAACAAAUACACAACACUGGACCCACUGUGGCACGUCAGACACCUUGGUUGGAGUCCAGACUCCCGCUAUGCAGAGAGCUACCUUCAGGGGGCACACCUCCUGCACUGGAAUGGUCCAUUUAAGCCGUGGAGCUACCCAGCAGUGCAUUCAGAGCUGUGGGAGAGGUGGUUUAUCCCAGACCCUUCUGGAAAGUUCUCCUUGGAACGGCCUGAGAGUGACACCUAGAUGUGUGGAGCGUACAGCAAUGAGCCAUUGGUGGGGGAGGCGUAAAAUACCUGUGAAAAUGUUUUAAAAUAUUUCUAUUGUGUUCAAAGUGAAAGUUAGAAGUCUGUACAUUUUGAUAGAAAUGGAAAAUAUGUUUGCAUAAUUACUGUAAAAAUGUAAUUAAUUACAUAAUUUAAUCAGUGCUUGAAAAUUAUUACAACAGAAAAAUUCAUCUUAAUGCAGCACAUUUGUCUGAAUGUGGGGAUCUUUUAUUCUGAGUGGAUUUUUUUGUGCGGACAUUUACAGAGCUCAGAUUAAAUAUCCUACUGACUCUUUGGAUCUUAUUCCUUUCCUCUAGUGCCAACCUUUUGUAAAUUUUACAAGAUAAUCUAAAGCACUUUUUUGUUUGUUUUCUAAAUCAAU